GUUAAUUGAUUCAAAAUGGCGGCGGCUUCUUCGAGCGUAAUCACAGUUCAGGCACCUAUAAAAUCCAUAACCAUACAACACCUUGCUUUAUUCAUUUGUUGUUUACCACUAUUCUCGUUAUUUUCUUGUUUGUUGAUCGCUCUGGUAUGGCAUUUCGAUGAUACUACAAAGACUCAUUGCCAGGUACCAAACUAUUUGCCUUCAUUAAGUGCAGCCAUUGGGGGAAACAUGCCAGAGAUGUUUAUUUGGAGAGUUGCAAUAGCUCUGCAUUGCCUUCCACGAAUCCUUCUUGCACCUUCUGCAAUUCAUAAACACUACAAGAAUACACAAUCAGGCAGAGUAUAUCACUUAACAACUUGGUGGUUUAAGCCACUCAACUUUUUAAACAGCAUUUUGGAAGUAAUAGAAAAUGGAGCCCUCCUCACAUUGACCUACAUAUCUUCAGUUGAAAAUUAUGCUAUUCACGAAGCUUCCUUUAUUAUAUUUAUGGCGUGCUCCAUGGCUUACAUGUUUCUGUCAUGCAUUCUAUCUGGGUUGACAACAAGCAAACCAAUGAGCAUUGAGGAUUCCACCUUAUUCAGAAAAAAAGUGUUUACAAUGCUCUUUAACUAUUUCACCUUUGGCAUGGCAGUUUAUUUCUUCUUCAGACACAAUUGGUAUUGUGAACCUGGUGGUAUCCUUUGAAUAAAGGCUGAUAGUUUCUAUUGAAAGAAACUGUUUGGGGCUGCGUCGGUGGGGGUCACAAAAUAAUUUGGAUAUAUCAACAACGUUGAAAUG